AACGCUCAGGGAUCUGUUUUCUCGCUCUAUUUGUUUAAUUAUUAUUAUUGUUUUAUUUAAUAUUUACACGUUAAACGAAUCUGGCGUUCAAAAUAGCUACCUAAGAUGAGCUACAUGCAGAUUCAAGCAGGAUGGACUAGUUGUGUCGUUUCAUGAAUGUAUUAACAGCUGACAGGUAACUUUGAAGCAGUGAUCGGUCGUGUAAGUUAUAAAUGUAAGUUCAGUUAACGUCUGGAGGACAUUUCAACUUUGUUUUGUACAUUUAUUCCUCUGAUAUUAAGAGGGAAGCUCUGCUACAAGCAGAGACACCAGCAUGUCUUCUGCUCUGUCACUCUCUUGUUGGACUAAACUCCAGCUGAGACCACACAACAUAAGGACACUUCUUCAAAAGACCGUCUGUGUUUGUCCAAACCAAGACUCCAGACACAGCAGCUCUGGAAAGCACGAAAGGAGGGUUGUUAUCACUGGCAUAGGGCUGGUGUGUCCUCUGGGCACAGGGACUGCUCUGACCUGGGACCGCCUGAUCCAAGGCCACAGUGGGAUUGUUGCUCUCCACUCAGAAGAGUACAACACUGUUCCGUGUAAGGUGGCAGCACUGGUGCCCAGAGGAAAAGAUCAGUUUGAGGAGGAGAGGUUUGUCUCUCGUGGGGAGAUCAACAGCAUGUCAGCAGCCACUGUGAUGGCCCUGGGAGCUGCUCAGCUGGCUCUGGAGGACUCAGGUUGGCACCCAGACACCCCAGAGGAACAGCUCAAUACUGGGGUGGCUGUUGGCAUGGGCAUGGUGUCACUGGAUGAAAUCGCUCGCACCUCCGUCGCCUUCAAAGAAAAGGGCUACAAGAAAGUCAGCCCCUUUUUUGUGCCUCGCAUCCUCGUCAACAUGGCAGCUGGCCACAUAAGCAUCAGACACAAACUGAAGGGUCCCAACCAUGCAGUGUCCACAGCGUGCACCACAGGCGCACACGCCGUAGGUGAUGCUGCCAGGUUCAUUGCUCAUGGUGAUGCAGUUGCCAUGGUUACGGGGGGAACAGAAUCCUGUGUGGGGGCUCUGUCGAUGGCCGGCUUCGCCAGGGCCCGCGCCCUCGCCACCAAAUGGAAUGACAACCCCACGCAGGCGUCCAGACCCUUUCACCCAGAGAGAGAGGGCUUUGUGAUGGGCGAAGGAGCGGCGGUGCUCGUUCUGGAAGAGCUGGACCACGCGGUGAAAAGAGGGGCCAGGAUCUACGCAGAGAUCCUGGGUUAUGGACUCUCGGGGGAUGCCAGCCACAUCACAGCACCCACUGCAGAUGGAGAUGGAGCAUUCAGAUGCAUGUCCGCGGCCCUCAGAGAUGCUGGCGUCUCACUGGCAGACGUCACGUACGUGAACGCUCACGCCACAUCCACGCCUUUGGGCGACGCGGCGGAAAACGCCGCCAUCAAGAGGCUCUUCCAGCAAAGCGUGGAGAACCUGGCCGUCUCCUCCACCAAGGGGGCCACGGGACAUCUGCUCGGGGCCGCCGGGGCCCUGGAGGCGGCGUUCACCGCUCUGGCCUGCUACCACGGGGUCCUGCCCCCGACUCUGAACCUGGACCGCACCGAGCCGGAGUUCAACCUGAACUAUGUGCCCUGCACAGCGCAGCCAUGGCGCGCUCAGGGCCGACGGGUCGCCCUCACAAACUCUUUUGGAUUCGGCGGCACCAACGCCUCGCUGUGUCUCACCAGCAUCUGAUGACACCCUGACACUAAUACUGGACUUUUACAAGAAAUCAUCCAGUCUGUAUUCUUGAUGAUAUGAUAGAGUUUCACUGACUGAAUAUUUUCCAGUAGAUUUGAUUAGUACUACUGGUUGUUUGUGUGUGAAAAAAAUCUGAAAUUUUAAUAACAGGCUUUAAACUGCAAAGACUAAAACGCACACAUGUGAGUAAACUGUA